AUGUCUUUAUCAAGUAAAUUAUCUGUCCAAGAUUUAAACGUUGAAAACAAACGUGUUUUCAUUCGUGUUGAUUUCAACGUCCCAUUAGAUGGUAAAACCAUUACAAACAAUCAAAGAAUUGUUGCUGCUUUACCAACUAUUCAAUACGUUGCUGAACAUAAACCAAAAGCUAUCAUUUUAGCUUCUCAUUUAGGUAGACCAAAUGGUGAACCAAAUGAAAAAUAUUCAUUAGCUCCAAUUGCUGAAGAAUUAUCCAAAUUAUUAAAUAAACCUGUUAAAUUCUUAAAAGAAUCUGUUGGCUCAGAAGUUGAAUCUGCUGUUAACUCUGCUUCAAAUGGUGAAAUUUUCCUUUUAGAAAAUUUACGUUUCCAUAUUGAAGAAGAAGGUUCUAAAAAAACUGCUGAAGGUAAAGUUAAAGCUUCCAAGGAAGAUGUUGAAAAAUUCAGAAAACAAUUAACUGCUUUAGCUGAUGUUUAUGUUAAUGAUGCUUUUGGUACUGCUCAUAGAGCUCAUUCUUCAAUGGUUGGUUUUGAUUUACCACAAAGAGCUGCUGGUUUCUUAAUGGCUAAAGAAUUAACUUAUUUUGCUAAAGCUUUAGAAAACCCAACAAGACCAUUCUUAGCUAUCUUGGGUGGUGCUAAAGUUUCUGAUAAAAUUCAAUUGAUUGAUAACUUAUUAGAUAAAGUUAAUUUAUUAAUUGUUGGUGGUGGUAUGGCUUUCACUUUUAAAAAAGUCUUGGAUAACACUGAAAUUGGUAACUCAUUAUUUGAUAAAGAAGGUGCUAAAAUUGUUCCUCAAUUAAUUGAAAAAGCUAAGAAGAAUGGUGUUGAAAUUGUCUUACCAGUUGAUUUCGUUACUGCUGAUGAUUUCUCAAAAGAUGCAAAUACUGGUUAUGCUACUGCUGAACAAGGUAUUCCAGAAGGUUGGGAAGGUUUAGAUGGUGGUCCAAAAACUAGAGAAUUAUUCGCUGCUACUGUUGCUAAAGCUAAAACCAUUGUUUGGAAUGGUCCUCCAGGUGUUUUCGAAUUUGAAAAAUUCGCUGAAGGUACUAAAUCUUUAUUAGAUGCUGCUGUUUCAUCAGCUGAAGCUGGUAAUACCGUUAUCAUUGGUGGUGGUGAUACUGCUACUGUUGCUAAAAAAUUCGGUAAAGCUGAUAAAUUAUCUCAUGUUUCAACUGGUGGUGGUGCUUCUUUAGAAUUAUUAGAAGGUAAAGAAUUACCAGGUGUUACUUACUUAUCAAACAAAUAA